AGCAGGCGGUGAAGAGUGAAAAAUAAUACCAAACCUACUUUAAAGGUUUUGUUGACAUUACCAGAUACAGAUGUAGGUAAACAACAACAAACAUGUACUGCAAACCAACAACAGCCAAUUAUACAAGAACCUUCUAAUAAAUUAUUCAUAAAUUAAGAAAAGAAUAGUUACAUAAGCCCUACUGUAAAAAAGGAAAUACAAUUUAAAAAUAAGUGCGAAAAUGAAUGAAUGAAUAUUUUCCAAAUUGAACCAUCAGUGAAUGCUCACCAUAAGCAAGCAAAUAUACAAAUAUUGUAUGCAAACCAUACUUGAAGAAACAUCGGCUGCAUAAUUUAAAUUUCCUCAACUUUCCCGCCAACUCAACGGCUGUAAGCGUCACAGCCUCAGCAUGGAUAUCGAGCAGCUCUUGUACUGUUUCAUUCUUCUAAUCGCGGAUUUUCAUCGAAUUUCCUGCCUCUUUGUUACUGACAUCAAUGUUCCGGAAAUUGUUGAUUUUCGCGAUAAUGUCACGUUAUCCUGCAGUUAUGAUAUGAGCGGACAUACGCUGAAUUCCGUAAAAUGGUACAAGGAUAAGCAGGAAUUUUUCAGAUACUCGCCAAUGAUGCAUCCGGUGUAUAUGAAAUUUCCCGUCCCUGGCGUUCAAGUGCAAGAUGGCAAGUACUUCUGCAACGAAUCCACGUGUCGGGUAGAUUUAAGUUUAGUCGGCGCCAAAUCAACGGGCACAUACGAAUGCGAGGUAUCUGGCGAUGCGCCACACUUCAAGUUGGCGGCAAAAGGAGACAACAUGACCGUGGCAGCGCUGCCUCAGAGCGACCCGCUGAUCGAAAGCUUCAAUUCAAUGUACCGCAUGGAGGAACUGUUGAGCGCCACCUGCACCUCGGACUAUUCAAGUUUGCCCACGCGACUGACAUGGUUCAUCAACGCUGAACAGGCUUCGCUGGGCGAGCUUCAACCCAGCAUUGACACCAGCAUUCCGGCGCACGAUUAUGUCCUGCGACGCCAAAAGCUUCAGGUGCGCUUUUAUUUGAGCGGACCACGCUUCUAUCAUGCUGGAAAAAAUCUGGAAUUGAAGUGCGUGGCGGAAAUUGAAAAUUUCCCGGAACUGAAGCGUGAAACUUCAUUGACUGCGGCAAUCACACACUACGACAAUUUGAACAAUCAGAUGCUGAUACAUGCCGGCAGUGGAGCGAGUGGUGCUGCGCCCGGCAUUCAUCGACGCAUUCCUGCUAGUAAAGUUAUACCCAUUUUGUUUGUGAUAUGUUUAAUGUUUAGCAGCAUGCUACUAUCUUUAUGAUCUGUCUGCGAUAUAUUUGCAACCAGCAAACGACAAAAAAUCACCAAGAGACGGCAAAUGGAACUGGCGAAGCAAACAACAACUGUUUCGAUUUGGCAACAGAGCCAAGCAGCGACGAGAGCAACCAUGACUGCGUCCACUAUAUCACAUUAGUUAGUUAGAUGUAACCAAUUAUGAUGUAAAUAUAAUGAAAAAAAGGGGGAAAGGUAACCUAUAAAAAUACAAACUACUAAACAUAAUAUAAAUUUAAAUUAAAAAUCACCAAAACUGAUAAAGACGCUGGAAAAUAUAUACCUAAGUAAGCGGAUUAUAUAACUGAAAUAAUAAGGAAGUGAUGUGCAUUUCAUUAUGAUUAAUAACUCAUUGUGGAAGAGGAUUUUUAUUAAAUCAAUGAUACUCGUACCUUAGUAUAAGUUCUCAAAGGUUGAAUGGUAUUAAGUUGAACGCCAACUUGUGUUAGAAAGCGCUUACUGAGUUACCCAUCGCAUGUGUGCACUCAAAGUGCGCCUGCGCCAUGCCAGUGCAUUAAUAAUAUUCGAAAUUAUUUUAAAAGUAAGUUUUUACAAUUGCUUUGAGGCGGAUUUGCGAUUUUUUUACAUAAGAUUUCCACCUAUUUUGGGAAACACGAAUGCAUUCAGGUAAGGCAGCAGCACUAAGAUAUUGACUAUUGUACUUAGUCGUCAGAUAACCCAAUACUUAUAUGUAACUACACAAUUAAGAAAAUUUAUAAACA